GCGACAGAGACGCCGCCUUAUUACAUUACGCAAUGGGCCACGCAGUUCUGUGGUGAGCGCGUUCGCGUUACGAAAGCGGCCGGCGUAUUGACGGGCGAGACGCGAGGGAAAAGGAAGACGACGCCGGGAAUAGAACGAACGACCGGACGCGCGGAGAUGGCGAUGUCCUGCUUGCAAAGACUCCGCGUGUCGUCGUCGGCGGCGGCCUGUCGACGACUCCUGCUAGCCGCCGGCGUCGACUGCGACCCCGAGCAGCAUGGACUGCGGUCAUCGACGACGCCGUGUGUCGCGUCGAAGCGCUCGUACAAGAUGACCAAGUACGGGGGCCGGUACUUCGUGACCAUGCUGCCCGGUCACGGAAUCGGGCCCGAGAUGAUGAACCACGUCGAGACCAUCUUCUUCCACGGAAAGGUGCCGGUGGACUUCGAGAAGGUGAUCGUGGCCACGGACUCUGAGGACGCGGCGUCCAUGGACUACGCCAUCACGUCCAUCCGGCGCACGGGCGUCGCCAUCAAGGGCAACGUGGAGACGCGCUCGUACAGCCCGAGCGUGGAGCCGCGCAACCUGAUGCUGCGCAACCGACUGGACUUGUACGUGAACGUGGUGCACUGCCGCAACCACCCGGCCAUCAAGACGCGACACCCGAACGUCGACGUGGCCAUCAUACGCCAGAACACCGAGGGAGAGUACAGUUGCCUCGAGCACGAGGUGACCCGGGGCGUGGUGCAAAGCAUCAAGGUCAUCACUCACACCAAGAGCGAGCAGAUCGCUCGCUACGGCUUCGAGUACGCGCGCUCCCGCCGUCGCAAGAAGGUCACCGUGGUGCACAAGGCCAACAUCAUGAAGUUCUCGGACGGCCUGUUCCUGGAGACAUGCCGCCAGGUGGCGCGCGACUACCCAGACAUCGAGAUGAACGACAUGAUCGUCGACAACUGCGCCAUGCAGCUCGUCUCGAACCCGUCCCAGUUCGACGUCGUGCUCGUCCCGAACCUGUACGGCAACAUCGUCGUCAACCUGACGUGCGGCCUGGUCGGCGGCGCGGGCGUCACCUCGGGCCGCAACUACGGCGACGAGUUCGCCGUCUUCGAGACGGCCACCAGGAACACGGGCACGCCGCUGGUCGGCAAGAACCUGGCCAACCCGGUGGCCACGCUGUACGCGGCCGUGGACAUGCUCAAGCACCUGGGGCUCAUGAGCCACGCGUACGUCAUCCGGGACGCCAUCCUCAAGACGAUCAACGUGCACAAAGUGCACACGCGGGACAUCGGCGGCUCGGCUACCACCACCGACGUCGUGGAGAGCAUCGUCGAGGAAGUGCGCAAGAACACCCGGUAGAUGAACAGUGCCGGGCGAUGACCCGCGUGCGAAAGCAUUAAAAUACCGUCAAUUACCUACGUUCUUCUUUCCCGGUGUUAGAA